AUGAUAGAAACAAAGCGUUUACAACCACAGAUAGAUGCUAACGACGAAGAGGAUAGUCCUACGGAUACAACUAACCCUGCAUUUCCAGAUGAAUCUCCAACUCUCCCUCCAACUCCCGGAGAUACUAAUGGCCUAGAAAAUUCUGACCCAACGCCAACACGUCCAUUAUCACCCCAAAGUCAGAGUUCUCAACACUCUACACUUGCUUCUCUAACACGACCUCCCAAUAGACCAGUUCUUAAUUUGCAUAACACCGCCUCAUCUUAUGCUACCAAUCCUCCAAAUUAUUUUCAGGUAACUUCUCCGAAAAUCACACCACCACUCCCUCAAGCCAAUGCGUUCACCACUGGUCCCUCCUCCCCUGAAACAUUGACGUGGACCAAACCUCAAACUUCUGGUGAUAUUCCAUCCCCUCGCAGAGCUCAUACCACCGCAUAUUAUAAUGAUAGGAUAUCGGAUUUAAACAACCUGGUAUGGAAGAGACUAGAAUUAAAGGGGCGGCCUCCAAUAUCUCGGGGGUAUCACACUAGCAAUCUCGUCGGAAGCAAAUUGGUCGUUUAUGGUGGGAGCGACGGUCACGAAUGUUUUAGUGAUGUUCAUAUAUUAGAUCUUGAAAAAAACACAUGGACCCAAAUAGAUGUCGCUAACUCGCAUAAACGGCUUUCGCACACAGCAACUCAGUCACAAUGGAGUGGGAAACUCGUCGAGUUUAUGGUACCCCACCAUCGGGCAGAGGGUAUCACACCACAGUAUUGUAUGAUUCACGGCUUUUCGUGUUUGGUGGAUACGAUGGCCACUCCGUCUUUGAUGACGUUUAUGUCUUAG